UGACUUUGUACGUGCAUUGUACUCCAAAGUCAUCUCAUUCUUACUGCUGAAUGGUCUUAUGUGCAUCAGUAUACUGCCGUACUACAAUUUUGUGAACUGACAAGGCUGUGUGUGUGUAUUCGAGCAGUAGUAUGCAGACUUUGCAGUCAAAGAAGGAGCUACUCUACCCUUGAAGCAACCCCUUGGCUUUGUCAGUGUAUUGAUAUGAUUUUAAGAACGGAUUCUUACUAACGACAUGGAUGCAAUGGAGCAAGCAAAGGUUCUCCCGAAUGCUCCAAAAGCAACAGUCCAGCGGCAGGACUUGCCCGUGGAGGAUAAACCUGCAGAAGGUGUACAGGCAAAGAAAGCGGAAUCUGCAGAAGCAGGCACCGGCAAACGGUUUCCUUCUGGAACUUGGUCUCACGCCGAGGCCGUCAAAGGAAUAUCAUGCGAAGUGCCAUUGGAUUUAGUUAGUCUGAUCCAGGAGAAAGAUUUUGAGAUUGAAUGUUCCAUUCGACAUGCAAUUCAGAUGCCCGGCUGUGUUGGUGCUCCGCAGAUGCUCCAGUGUACGAGCGCUGAUCAGCUCCAGUGUACGAGCGCUGAUCAGCUCCAGAGUGCGAGCGCUGAUCAGCUCCAGCGUGUGAGCGCUGAUCAGCUCCAGGGUACGAGCGAUGAGCUACUUCACAGUAAAUUGGAUGAGAUACAGGAAGUCAAGGACAGAUGCCGGGACGUGUUCAGGCCUCUUCGUUCUCAUCGACUACACACUGUUCAACCAGGAAAUCCGGAAGCCGAGAAGCAUUCUACCAUACCAAUCGCUGAUGUGGAUGGUACAAAGAACAUGGCACCGAUAUUCUUUAAGAACGCAUUCGACUACAGCACACACUUUGGCACAGUCUAUGACUACAUGAGGGUGGUGUGGAUACCUGACUUCGAACCCAGAUAUCACCUCCUUCCACCUUCUGCUGAGUACACGCUCAAGAUUCCCGGAAACGUUGAAAUGACAUGUGGCGCAAUGCAAGAGUUUGUCGACGCACUUAAGUCUCACUACAUCGGUUGGGAUUAUGUGUCGAACGUUGGAGCGGAGAUGACGGAAAGAACAGUGAUGAAUACGUACGGCAAGAUCGGUUUACGCGGGAAGAAUGGACAGACAAUUGAGCACAUCUAUUGCUUUACGCUUGAGCACACAAUCGCGCAGUGGACGAAGGAUUCAUGGGGAUGGGAGCUAUCCAGAAUACUGGUGGAACCCAGACCACUGGUAGAACCCAGACCAUAAUAUUAACGAACACUUCACUCUGCAGUUUAGAUACAGAGUGGGGAAUUCUCCGAACUAUAAAACCGCUGUUGCUCAUAAGAUCUUAUAAUACUAAUAAUUAUACUUUGAGUAGUUUUCAUUUGGAUCGAUUCGCCUUCUCAAUUCUCCUGAAAGGAGAUCCUCCUCAAAGUACAAUGUACUAAGUUUGAGAAAACAAUACAUAAGAGCCCAGCAUUUAAAAAGUUA